AUGCUAGCAGUAUUUAAGCCGAUGAUAAACACCCAGCCUGCUGCUGCUGCUGCUGCUGCUGCUGCUGCUGGGGGUGGUGGUGGUGGUGGUGGUAGUGGUGGGGGAGGGGGGGGAGAUGCGGUGAUGAAAGGAGAAAAUUCUGCUGCUGCUGCUGCUGUUGCUGCUGCAGCAGCAGCAGCAGAAGAAAACGAAAAAAAAAAACAAGACACACAUAAAAAUAGAUACUCUACUAGGCCUGCUAAUGCUGCUGCUGCUGCUGCAGCAGCAGCAGCAGCUGCUGCUGCAGCACGGAUGGAGUGCAGUGCACCUGAAACAGAUGGAGAUAUUAAUAAACACACAGGCAAACAAGAUCCAGCAACAGCUGCUGCUGCAGCAGCAGCAGCAGCAGCAGCAGCAGCAGCAGCAGGGGGCCGGCAGCAGCAGCAGCAGCAGCAGGAGCAGCAGCAGCAGACUGCUGCUGCUCCGCGAAGGCGCGACGCAGACAAUUGCAUUUUUUUAAUUAAGUUGAGCGAGCAGGGGGCGGCAGCGUCAGCUGCUGCUGCUGCUGCAGCAGCAGCAGCAGCAGCAGCAGCAGCAGCAGCAGCAGCAGCAGCAGCAACGGCAGCAGCAGCAGCUGGAGAUGCCGGGUGGUGGGAGCUGAUGCAGCAGCAGCAGCAGCAAGUGCAGCAGCAGCAGCAGCAGCAGCAGCAAGAGCAGCAGCAGCAGACUGCUGCUGCUCUGCGAAGCCGCGGCGCAGACAAUUGCAUUUUUUUUAAUUAA